GCCGCCCCUGACGCCUCAGCGGGUCUGGCCCCACUGGAGCCUUUCCUCCCCCGGAUUUGCCUGCACACCUCAUGUUCCGGUCGCGGCGCGCUAGCUUGGUUCAACGGCUGUGGCGGCAUCGCUGCACGACGCCCGGGGCGCCCGACGACAGCCACAGCCCCCUGAAGCCGGCCGCCCAUGCCCUCUUCAAGAAGCUGAGGGACCCCGAACUGGAGCUGCUGCUUCAGGCGGUGGAGGGCAAGGGGGCGGGCGAGUCGGCCUGCAUCUGGGUGGAACCCCGGGGGUUCAAGCCGGGCCUCCCGGCCUUUCUGCUCCUCUGCCGCCUCUACCGCUGGCCGGACGUCGGCCACCCCAACGAACUCAAGCGCCUGAGCUUCUGCCGGAGCGCCGGGGGCGAGGGCAGUGCCCACUGCUGCAACCCCCAUCAUCUCAGCCGGCUCGCCAUCCCCGAGACUCCCCCACCCGCUUACAACAAGAUCUCUCCGUUUGCUCUCCCACUGAAAAGCCCCAGCGCCUUCGACAGAAACCGAAAAGUAUGGCAAGACACGACCCUCUCCCGGCAUUCCGUCAAGGACGGCUACUGGUGCAAACUGGCUUACUGGGAGUACCGCCUGCGGGUCGGCCGCCUUUACCCCGUCCACGAAGACCACGUGAACGUCUUUUCCGAUCUCCCCGCGGGCAGCGGCGGCUUCUGCCUGGGCCAGCUCCGGCCGAGGAGUCAGAGCCAGGCAGUCCACAGAGCCCGAGCGAAGAUCGGCCGGGGGCUUCUGCUCAGCCGCGAAGGGAGCAGCGUGUGGGUUUACAACCGCAGCGACCACCCCUGUUUCGUCUGCUCCCCAACUUUAGGGCCCUCGGCCGGCGAGCCCGGCCCGGCCGUCCAUAAGAUCCUCCCUGGUUAUGCCAUCAAGGUGUACGACUACCAGCGGGUCGGCCAUUUGGCGGCCGCGUGGGCAGGCCAGAACGAAGGGCCCUACGAUGCCCAUGCUGUUCGGAUCAGUUUCGGGAAGGGAUGGGGCCCCUGUUAUUCCCGCCGAUUUAUCACCUCUUGCCCCUGCUGGUUGGAAGUGCUGUUGAACGCACCUCGAUGAAGCCAAAAAGUUAGGGGAGAGAGUCUGGGGGGGUCCAUCCUCUGCUCCCCCCACCUCUCCAAGUUUUGGGGGUGUGGGAAAUAUUUUUCUCCGGGCUUCCCUUGGUGGCAAGCAAGAGGUCUCUAUAAGGUUCCCGUGUUCUGAAUUAUUAUCCAUAUACAGGUCAAGAAAGGGGCAUAGGGGAGGAGCGGUCCCACACAGUUAAACGAAGUGCCCACUAUAGGGCAGAAUUCGCCCAGAGCUAUCACGAACCACAGUGUAGUGGAAUCUGGGCACGUGGAGUCAGGGGCCACGAUUUCUGAAUAGCAGGAUCCGUGCCAUCCCUCCUCUCCAGGCUUUUUUAGCUGGACAAAGAGUAUAUUGUCACAAGCUAUUUGUGCUUUAACGUAAAGCUGUUUGUUUGGGUUUUGGAUCAGCCAUCAGGGGCCGUUAACUUUGCAAAAGGCCUGCCCCUCGUUUGUUGCUCUAAACCGGCUGGAGUUUUUUGGACUCUCCUUGGGAGGUGUCUGGUUAUGGGAAUCGUCACAAUAGGCCCCUGCAUCUCCCAGUUUAUUAGUACAUCAUCGUUCACGCCCAACGCUGUCACUAUGCCGGUAAACCAGUAACUUCCAUCCCACUCCAGAUAAUCUGGAUGGACUCCGAAUCGUUUCUGGCUAAAUUCCGCUGGAAUCUGUACCUGUGCCAAAGGGUUCCCAGCAAAUAUUAAAGUCUCCUGCCCCACCUCAUCCCAAAUAGGUCGCAUCAUGGGGAUGUCUUGACAUUCAAACUGGUUUCAGACUGGUUUCUGCUUCUUUGCAGUGUAAACGGAAGCACACCGCUUCAGAAAGCGAUCUGACCCUUUCUGAUGAUCGCAAAGCCUGAAAACAUUCAGGUUUCUUUUAAUUUUUAAGCGGGGGAAAAAAAUGAUAAAAAGAAAUGAGAACAGGACUGAGAUUGAUUAAAAAAAAUCACAACGUGGGUAGAGUUUCAGGAAAUGACUGGCAAUCCUUUAAGGAUCAAGACGAAGGCAAAUCUUUUCCUGUGCAAGGCCUCGUAAUGGUUUAUCGCAACGGCUUCAAGUGAUACUUGAAAAAGUUACUCGUUGGCCUUGCUUGGAAAAAGUAACUUUUCCAAGAUCGGAGGUAGCUUUAGAAAAGGAAGGCAUUUAGAGAAAUCUGUGGAGGAAGGUUGAGCUCUCCACGUUCCUUAAAACGUGGCCGCUAAAUGGAACCUCCAUGUUCAAGAGCACUGAUGGGAGCGCAUAUGUGUAUGUCACUUUUUCGGAUAAAAUGGCCGGCUCCUUCUCCACCGGAACCUGCGAAAGCAGGAAAGACUAGGACCGUUAGUGUUUGGCUAUGCCCCAUGAACUGGAGGCUGGGAUCUCUACACUAGCCUCCAUGGGAAGAGGGCUAAGGGUUCGAAAGACGCUAAGGAGUUGCGCCCGUUUUACCAAGAAGAAAGACUGAGACUAACCCGGUGGAGGGGUUUCCUUUUAGCCAUUUUCCCUCGAUUCGGUAAAAGUGACAAAUUUCAGAACCUGUCUACCAUCAGUAGACGCUGCCACCCAUAAUCCCCGACUCUUGGCUCUCCACUGUGGGGUUUAUAGGAACUGUAAUCCGAACCACUUAAAACCCCUGCUUCGCAUCUUCUUCCUUGUUUUCCUCCCUUGUAUUUUCCCCACACACCCCUUUGUUACUAGCAUUUAAUGUUUAUUUAUAGUUCUACUCUGAGAAGGUCACUAUAACUCAGAAUUGACUCAAGGGGGCAUAA